AUAAUAAACAUCCCUAAUUCGCGGGAUUUUAUCACGAGACCAGCGACGGCAGCAAGUUAGCCACAAAGUUGGCAGCAGUGGCCAUGGUGUAAACAGUGCGGCGAGGCGAGGGAGGAAACGUGCACGUCACAUAACUGGAAUGUCCCAUGACGAAAACCACGAAAUGGAGGAUGAGGUGGAAACCAAAAGCAAGGAACGCAAAGUGGCUAAGCAUGACAGUGGUGCAGCAGAUCUGGAACGUGUCACCAACUAUGCUGAAGAGAAAGAAAUUAAAUCUGAUGCCAGCUUCAUUUCUGUGAUCAACGAUGUUAAGCGACAAGAUGAUGCAAAUAAGCUUGCCAAGGAGCAGGAGCUUGCCAAGGUGUCUAUCAAGAAGGAGGAUGUUGAGCUGAUUAUGAGGGAGCUGGAGAUCCCCAAACAAAAGGCUGAGCGAGCACUUCGAGAGCACCAAGGAAACCUCAUUGAAACUCUAGUCACCCUCACCAACUGAAUCUAAUGAACACUUGUUAUGAAAGAAAAUUAAGCAUUUCUUCUUAUAAUAAAUUGAUAUCUGAUCAG